AUGACUGUGAAACUAGUUAUUGGUAUGUUUUUGAUCAACAUUAAUAGAAUUUUUUGAACUCGAAGAUUUUCAGAUUCUGACGGAGUAAGCGAUGAUAUUCGCGCGAUAUCUCUUGCUCUUCAACAUCCAAAUGCAGAAGUAAUUGCAAUAACAUCAGUUCAUGGAUGUGUCACGGUAGAUCAAGCAUAUGCAAAUAUAAAAAGAACAAUUCGAGCAAAUGGAAAAGAAAAUGAAAACAUUCCAGUUUAUAAAGGAGCACAUAAAAGUAUUCUGAGUUUGCCGAAAGAUGAAACUGUUUCGGAUUUUUUCGGAGUUGAUGGCAUUGGAGAUCAACCAAAAGAGUUUCCUGAAGUUCUUGAAGAUGAUUUUAAAUAUUCUGGCAAACAUGCAGCAUUGGCUUUGAUCGAAACAUUUCAACAGAAUCCAAAUACAACUCUUGUAACAAUUGGACCUCUUACAAAUAUUGCGAUCGCUCUACAAUUAGACGAAUCUUUUGCGAAACUACCAUCUCGUCUAAUUAUUAUGGGAGGAAACUAUUAUGCGGUUGGAAAUGUUGACGGAGGUUCUUCGGCUGAAUAUAAUUUCCAUGGUGAUCCAGAAGCAGCAAGUAUUGUUCUGCGAAGAAUGAGGUGUCCAAUCACAAUUGUUCCCUGGGAAGCUUUUCAUUUCGAAUCGGAACUUCAUGACAAAUCUGUCGAUUUCUCAGCUCAUUUGAAAUAUGAAACCGAAUUGGCUGGAUAUUUGGGAAGAGUUACAAGUAUUGGGCGAGCAAAAUGUGAGCAAAAUGGGAGACAAUAUUCGUAUUGUGAUGAAAUUGCGAUCGCAACUGCGAUUGAUGAAAAUCGAAUUGCAAAAGAGAGCAAAGAAUUAUAUGUUGAUGUUGAGUUAACUGGAAGUAAGACAAGGUAAGCAUCUGGAUAAUGGGACCACAAAUGACCAAAUGAAAGUCUUGUCCAAAUGGGACCUCUGAAAGAAAUGGGACCUCGUGGAAUGUUUGACUUAUAACUAAUGGCACACAAAAGUUCAAGCCUAACCUUAACUAAGCCUUAGCCUUUUUUCAGAGGACAAGUUGUUGUUGAUUGGCUGGAACAAUUAUGGAAAAAUCAAGAAAAAGAAGAAAGCGAUCAUCGAAGAGUGAAAUUCGUAACUUCUUAUAAUGUUGAAAUUGUUGACAGUUGGAUGCAUUCAGCCAACUUCCGGCUCAAAGAACUUUCAAUAAUCAUUAAAAUUUAUUUGGUUUUUUGA